AUGCCUAGCAGUGCAACCAUGGCGGCAUCUCCUGCCAAUGUCGCGAUGACCGAACUUAUCACCCAUCCCAAUGAAAAGGGAGAGCGUGAUUCAGUAUCCACGCGAUCCUCUUCAUCGAAGGACGUGGUGUUCGAGGAAUAUCUCUACUACGCCGCCAUACAGAGAUUGGAGGAAGAAGGCGACCGGCCAUCGAGAUCUGAAGGAGAGAAAGGAUGGUUCUACAAACUGUCCGACUACAAAGGCAGGAAUGUCAAUGUAGAUGUCUCCUCUGCUUCGCCGCCCCCCAUGACCCCGGAGCAAGAGGAGACUGCUAGGGCUUCUCGUGCGCUGCGUUUGGCAUCGUGGCUGUCGAUCUUUUACUUGAUUACUACCGACAUUCUUGGACCAUUCAACGCGCCUUUCGCCAUAUCCCAAGUGGGUUGGGUCCCAGGUCUGAUCCUCUACUUCGUUAUGGGAGCUAUGGCCCUCUACACUGGUCUGAUUCUCUGGAGGCUGUUCGUGCGUCUCGACUCCGUUCGGUAUCCUCUGAAGACAUAUGCGGACAUCGCCGAGCGUAUUUUCGGAAGAACGGCUCGUCAUAUUUGUAAUGUUUUGCAAAGUGUUCAACUUCUAGUCAACGUUGCUACCAUUUGUCUUUCUAACGGUCAAGCACUGUCCCAAGUAGCUAAUUUUAAGCUAUGUUUUUCCGUGUGCAUCGUCAUAUGGAUUAUUGUCGGAAUAGUUAUUGGCCAAAUUCGUACUCUGAAGAACUACGGAUGGCUAGCUAACAGUGCCGUUUGGAUCAAUUUGCUUAUCAUUUUUACUUCUAUGGGUUUCGUGGCUCACAGUCCCCCCAACGUUGGGGCUGCCGCUACGUCAUUGGGUGUUGAUCCAACACUGCCCGUUCAAACUGCCAAGUUCACAUCAAUUCCAUUAUUCGACAAGGUUUUUGCCUAUGGAGGAGCUAUGAUUUUCCCCGAAAUGAUGGCUGAGAUGCGCCGUCCAAUGGACUUCUGGAAAGGAAUGGUUUUAGCCCAGUCUUUGAUUUUUGUCGCUUAUGUCAUGUAUGGAGCAUACGUAUACGCUUUCCAAGGACAGUUCUCUCUCCCUCUGGCAUUCCAAGGAGUCAGCAAGCACUCUUGGCAGACAUUGGGAAAUGUGUUGGCUCUCAUAAGUGGCAUUAUCGCAGCUGGAUUGUACGGAAAUAUUGGUAUCAAGGUUGUAUAUAUCAAUAUUAUUGAGGAUUGGUUCAAAGGACCUAGACUUAUGACCCCCAAAGGUCGUGUAAUCUGGACGAUCUUGGUCUGCAUCUACUGGGUUCUGGCCUUCAUCGUCGGAUCUGCCAUUCCCCAAGUGCAGACUAUUACAGGUCUAAUUGCCGCCAUCGCUAUUAUGCAAUUUACAUACAGUUUCCCACCACUUCUCCGUCUUGGGUACGACGUGAUCACCGACGCUAUGGUCGAGGAUAAAGCUUUCGUUCCCGGCAAUGGUGCCGCAGGAAGGAAGGACACCUGGAAAGACUGGUCCCGCUGGAAACGAGGCUUGUUCAGUGGACAUGUCCUGUUCAAGUUGUUUAACUUAAUCAUUGCAUUAGGGGGGCUGGCCAUGGCUUGUUUGGGUAUGUGGGGUGCAGGUAAAGCAAUCAAGGCCACUUUCGCGCAGGCGGGUGCCGCAACGUCAUUUGGUUGCAGAUCUCCAGUCCAGACUUAG